GAGGGAGUGCAGACUGCAGCCAAUGCUCGCAAGUCGCGACGACGGUAGGGGAUUUCAUCCGUGGCCUCUUAUACCAUCUCCCGGUCUCCUCCGUAAACCCUAGCCGCCAGAAUCGUGCUGAAGCUAAACUCCUGAACCGUCUUCCAAGCUCUGGUAUCAUCCCUGCACACUGAUUCAAGAUGUAUCUCCAGUACUACAUCAACGAGAAGGGGGACAAGGUCUACACCACCAAGAAGGAGUCGCCUCUUGGGGUGCCGACACAGUCUGCUCACCCAGCUCGCUUCUCACCAGAUGACAAGUACUCUCGCCAGCGGUACCUAUUGAAGAAGAGAUUUGCACUUUUGCCAACUCAGCAGCCAGCACCAAAGUACUGAAGCUCCAACUGUCCAACCAUGCAUGUUCAGUUUGUGUCACGGUUUGUUGGUUGGAAUGUAGAAAGUUAUUCUGAGAACAAAAAUCAAACAUUGCUAGGCACUACUAUGGCAUCUCUCCAGCACAUUCAAGCUCUAUAUGUAAUGCUAUGUGAUUGACAUGUUGUGUCCUUAAUAUGUACUUGGUGCGUGGACCAAUACGCUAUCUUGCUGUCCUCUUUUGGUCUUGACUGUUGAUAUACUCAGUUAUUGCUCAUUUA